AUGACUGAGGGAAGGAGGUGCCUCCCCAACAGCACCCACUCCUGUCCCCUCACAGUCAUUCUGCUGGGGGUCCCAGGGCUGGAGGGGGCACACGGCUGGCUCUCCAUCCCCUUCUUCCUCGGGUACCUCGUGGCACUGCUGGGAAAUGUCACCAUCCUCUCCAUCGUCAAGAAAGAGGCCAGCCUCCACCAGCCCAUGUUCUACUUCCUGUCUGUCCUCUCGGCCAUCAACCUGGGCCUCUCCACCUCCACCCUGCCCAAGAUGCUGGCCAUCUUCUGGUUUGGCCUGGGGGAGAUGAGCUUCGGGGCCUGCCUGGCUCAGAUGUUCUUCAUCCACAGUUUCACAGGCAUGGAGUCUGCGGUGCUGUUGGCCAUGGCCUUUGACAGGUACGUGGCCAUCUGUGACCCACUAAGGUACCCCACAGUUCUGACAAGGACCUGGAUUCUCUGGGUAUGCCUUGCCAUUGUGCUGAGGCCUAUCAUCCUCAUGUUGCCCAUUGCCUUUUUGACGGCCCGACUGCCCUUCUGUGGGAGCCGCCUCCAGAUUCCCCACAUCUACUGUGAGCACAUGGGGAUUGCCAAGCUGGCCUGCACCGACAUCCAGAUCAACGCAAUCUAUGGAUUGUUGGUUGCUUCCUUCCUUGUCCUGGAUUUGAUCCUGAUUGGCACCUCCUAUGUGAGGAUCCUACAGGUGGUUUUCCGGCUCCCUUCAAAGGCAGCCAGGCUCAAAUCUCUGGGCACCUGUGGCUCCCACGUCUCUGUGAUGUUUGUUUUCUACACCCCAGCUUUCUUCUCCUUCCUGACCCACCGCUUUGGGCACAACAUCCCCCAUUAUGCUCACAUCCUGAUUGCCAGUCUGUAUGUCAUUCUGCCCCCUGUGCUCAACCCAGUCAUUUACGGGGUGAGGACGAGCCAGAUCCGCAUACGGGUGCUGCAAGUGAUCCGUCCAAAGGGCCGGAUCUGA